AUGGACGAAGAAAGUAGACAUGAAAGUCCUAAUAAUGUUAUUUGUAGUGGGCAACCUAUAUUAUUCAAUGAACAUGAUACUGUAUCUUUGUAUUCAGGAAAGACCUUUACGUCAUGGGAAGAAUGUGAACAAUUUUUGAAUGAAUGGGCAAAGAGUCAAGGUUUUCAUAUAAUUAAAGAUCGUGUAACCCGUUGCCUUUCAAUCCGAUGGUAUAAUAUAAACAAAGAUGGAUCGCAAGAACCAUUCUUGGUUGCUGAUAAAUUUAUACAAUAUGAUCAACAACAUUUUUCUUAUGAUUUUAAUGAUUCUUCAAGUUUAUGUUUAUUUAAUCGGAAUAAUAGGGAAAUUGAUGAAGAAAGAUUGACAAUUCUUGAACAAAAAAUUACAUAUGGCAAAUUACACAGAAUGUAUAAGAAGGCUCUGAACAAGGCAUUGCAGUCUAAUUCUAAAUCAGAGCAACUCAUCAAUUUAUUACAAAACUUUGCAGAGGAAGAAGAAUCAAAUCCAUCAGAUUCUGAUGAAUUAGAGUUGCAACAAGAAAUCAUUACAGGUGAUAAGGAAAAUUUUGAUCCUUUAAUACCAAAGUUACAAAAUCCUAAGAUACGUCAUGGAAAAAGCUGA